CCGAAUUUCAACUUCAACAUCAGCCACGAGGGCGACUACGUCGUGCUCGCCGCCGAGCCCGACGCGCUCUGCGGCGUCGACGUCUGCGCGGCGGACGGGCCGAGCCGACGGGCCGAGCAGACCUCGCUCCUACGGGAGCUCGAGAGCCUGCGCGACUGCUUCACGGACGGCGAGUGGGCGCGCGUCGAGGGCGCGCCCGACGACGCGGGCCGGCGGCGCGUCUUCUCCGCGCUCUGGAGCUGCAAGGAGGCCUACGUGAAGGCGCGCGGCGACGGGUUGGCCUUCCCGCUGCGGCGCGUCGAAUUCGACGAGGCCGCGCCCGGCUCCUGGGCGACGCCGGCGGCCUGGCUCUACGAGGAGACGCUCCAGGCGCGCUGCGCCGUCGACGGGACGCGCGACGACCGCUGGCGCUUCGAGUCCGUCGCGUUGGACGCGACGCACGUCGUCACGGUC